UGUCUAAUACUUAACAUUGUUCCCGCGACAUGCGCAUUUCAAACAAGCCAGAGGUUUUAGCAGAGACUUUAAAAAGCACCGUUCUCUCUGGGCAUGGAGGUUUAUGAGUAUAAUCCCAGCACUCGAGGCUGAGGCAGGAGGAUCGCUGGGAGUCUGAGGACAGACUAGAUAAUUUAUCAAGACCCAGUCUCUCAAACAAGCUGGUCAUGGUGGCGAACGCCUGUAAUCCCAGCAUCUGGGCGGCUGGGCGACACAGUGAAUAUGCAGAAAAUCCUCAGUGCUGGGGGAGGGGAAAGUACCGGGCUCGCCACUAGAUUCUCCGGGCGGCAAGGACAGCUGCUCUUUGGCCUUCAACUGACCUCAGAAGCUAAAAAUACUUAUUUCAGUCUCUGUCGCCCGGCCACUACGGUCAGGAGUGGAAAGCACCUGCCUGCCAGGUGCUGCUGAGCCCUGCUCGGCUACGGCUCAGCGGAUUCUCGCAGCCCCUCCCAGCCUGCCUUCUGCCGGGUCGGAAACCACCGCGAUGCCGAGCGCCCCCUGCGUGCGCGGCUCGGGGCGGCGGAGGCAGCACCAUUCGCACGGCUGCGGGCUCUGCCAGCCCUGCAGACGAAGUGGUCGGGUCGCGUGGAGUCGGGCCCGGGCCCAGGCCCAGGCCAGGUGGCAACGCGGCAUGGCUUCGCCCGCUGCCGCCUCCUUUCCGGGGCGGGGGGCCGGCCCGAGGUGCAGGAGGGCGGGGCCGAACUAUGCCGUUCGGGCCUUCGGGAGGGGCUGCCGCGGUGCAGGAAUCGCUUCCGCUCCAGCCAAUCGUCGUCGGGAAAGCUUCCCCUCUAGCCAAUCACCGCUUGAGGUCCGCCCUCCGUCGCCGGAAGGAGCCGUCGUCGCAGGCAAUCACGACAUCCGUUUUUCAGUUGCGCGGCGGGAAACGGCCAUGAGUAAAGGCCGGGCGGAAGCUGCGGCGGGAGCCCCCAGUAUCCUCCUGAGGUACCUGGAGGAGCAGAACAGGCCCUACAGCGCCCAGGACGUGUUCGGGAACUUGCAGAGGGAACACGGGCUGAGCAAGGCGGCGGUGGUGAAGACGCUGGAGCAGCUGGCCCAGCAGGGCAGGGUUCGGGAGAAGACCUACGGCAAGCAGAAGGUCUACUUCGCCAACCAGGACCAGUUUGACACUGUGAGCGAUGCUGACCUCCAGAGCCUGGACGCCAAGAUCCUGGCCCUCACCGCCAAGGUGCAGGGCCUGCAGCAGAGCUGCCGCCACAUGGAGGCCGGUAGGAGGGUGCCCUGCAGGGUGCCUGCCAGGCCAGGUUCCUUGGGUCAGGAGCUGCGCAGGGACUGGGUGGGCAUCUGCUGGUGUCACUGCAGAGGCCCCAGUGGGGCUGCCUGAGACUUUAAACAAAGAAUAGCGGGGUGUGGUGGCGCAUGCCUGUCACCCUAGCACUCCAGGAGGCUGUGGCAGGAGGAUCUCAAGGGCAAGGUAGAGCCCAGCCUGGCCAACUUAGUGAGACCCUGACCCAAGACAAAAGGGCUGGAGCUGGGGUUCCAUGUGGGGGCUGAUUCAAGCCCAAGUGGCGCCAGAGCAGGACAUGUGAGACUGCCGCUGUCUGUGCAGAAGCCGGGGGAAGCGUGCACCCGCCCUUGCGCAGUCUGGUGCACUGACCCGUGUUGUCCUGUCCCGCGGGGCUGGCAGGUCCCCUCAGCCUCACCUCACCACCACUUGUAGACAGGCGUGGAGAAAACUAGACUGAGCCCCCUUGUCCCGAGCCUGCGCAGCUGUGUCCUCCAGGCCUGGACUGCAGCCGGCUGGGGCGGUGCUGGCCCGGCCUCUGUUUCAGAGCUGAAGGAGCUGACGAGCGCCCUGACCACG